AUGACCUCCAGCUCUCACUCACAGCAAUGCCAGAUCUGCAGGCCCGAAGGCGAUGCCAGCUGCCCUUACAACACCUGGAUCUCUGCGUCCCAGCCAGAGCCAUUUACCUCCCCAAGCCCUUACUCUAAUUUCCAAAUACAAAGUCCGGAAAAGCUCCAGCCAAGCACAGCAAUUUCUCCUGCUCCUCCUUCAUCCGUGGAUAUGUUUAUUCAAGAUAUUCCUGACUCUGCCACUAGCCCAACUUCAAAUAACCUUUCCUCCCAGGACAAGCCUAAGAUUCAUCAGGGAAAAGAAGAUCAGGGCCUGAUCAAAAAACCUAAGAUGAGGACAGUGUUCUCUCAGGCUCAACUAAAUGUACUCAACAAUAGAUUCCUGGAGCAAAAAUACCUCAGUCCGCAGCAGAUCCGAAAUGUGGCAGAGAAUUUGAACCUUACUUACAAACAGGUCAAGACCUCGUUUCAGAGCCAGAGAAUGAAGUCAAAGAGAUGGCAGAAAGACACCAUGUGGUCAAAGAAUGGCAACAGUAUGAGUUUGGUUCAGAAUGGAUCAGCUAUUGGAGAGUACAUAAGCUUCUACUCUCCAUUUCACCAGGACUAUAUGAUGAAUCCUUCUGGAAACCUUCCAGUAUGGAGCAACCAGACUUGGAAUAACCGGUUCCAGAAUGGUGGAGAGGGUGCCUAUCAGCACCAGAUGUUUCAGCACCCCUAUCCUGCCAAUGACUUGGGGGCUCCCUUUGGAAAUAAUACUAGUGAGGUCUAUUCCAUGAAACCACAGACUACUAUGAGUUUUAAUGCCCCCCAUACCAUGGAAUAUCUCCCAAACUACUCCAUGAACAUGCAGCUGACCCACAGUAAGUCAGAAGAGGACUAUGAUUAUCGGCAGGCCAGUGAUGCUCAAGCACAAUUCUUAGAUCCCACUGGGUUACCUAUAUUCCAGUCAUAA